AUGCUGUCUCUGCAUGCCUCUUCUCCGACCAUAUUAACUUCUAGACUGAUUGUUUGCUUGACCACAGACAUCGUGCUGCCUUCCAUGGCUCUCAACAUCGUGUCCUGGAUGCUGCUGUCCUGCCUGAUGCUCCUAUGUCAGGUUCAAGGUGAAGAUUCCCAGAAGGAACUGCCCUCUCCACGCAUCAGCUGUCCCAAAGGUUCCAAAGUCUAUGGCUCCUACUGCUAUGCCCUGUUUUGGACACCAAAAUCCUGGAAUGAUGAUCUGACCUGCCAGAAUCGACCCUCAGGACACCUUGCAUCUGUGCUCAGUGAGGCUGAGGCAUCCUUCCUGUCCUCACUGGUCAGGAGCAGUGGGAGCUCUUACCCGUACAUCUGGAUUGGGCUGCAUGACCCCACACUGGGUCUAGAACCCAAUGCAGGUGGAUGGGAGUGGAGUAGCACUGAUGUGCUAGAUUACUUCAACUGGGACAGGAAUCCUUCCUCCGCCUCUGACCGUGGUUACUGUGGGAGCGUGUCACAAACUUCUGGAUUUCUGAAGUGGAGAGAUUAUAACUGCGAUGCACAGUUACCCUACAUCUGCAAGUUCAAGGCCUAG